AUGAGACCAAAAAUUAACCUAAUAUUAUUUAUUAAAAUUUCUGUAAUUAUCCUUUUAACUUGGAUAUGUUAUUUUAACAAUGAUAUAAAGACGCUUGCCAAAUCCAUACAUAAGAAUUGUGGCCUUGAUAGAAAAUCGGAUACAAUAAAUUGUCGAUUACUAGCAAAAUAUAAACAGGAUAAGGAUUCAAAUAAUUUAGAGCUAAAGGAUUAUAUACCUAAUGAUGGAGAAUCUAAAAAAAGAAAUAAAUCUAAUAAUGAAAAAGGGAUCAAAGGAACAAAAAAACUAUCUAAUAGAAGCAUAUUAAAUAAGGCGCAAUACUAUACGGAUGUUGUGGAUUACAAUAGUGGAAUGUUUGAUGGAAAGCAUUUUCAUUUUGAAAAAAAAUGGAUAAAAAAAAAAGAUUAUGAUAAUUUUCUAAAAAAAAAAAGGAGACUUUGUGAUAUAGCAUUAAAGAAAGUAAAAUUUAAAAAUUACGUAUUUGGAGUUGCUAUAUUUUUUACUUUUUUCCUUUUGGGAAUAGGAUUACCGAUAUUACGUGGAUUUCAGUUGUCCCCUGGAAGUGCACAAGAUCAAGCAACUAUCAUAGAUGCAAACAUUUUAGAAUUUCUUAAAGAAAUACUAGGUUUACAAAAAGAAGGAUAUGUUUAUAUAUUAUUUUUUGCAGUAACAUUUAUUAUGUUAUCAAUCUUAAUUAUAGUAGCGAUUUAUAAGAUCUUAAGAAAUAAUGAAAAAUAUCAAAAAAUUAAGUUGUUGAAUGAGGGAUAUGAAUAA